AUGGAGCGUCUGUGUUUGCAAGCAGCUUUUUUCCUUUUUCUUCUUACCUUUCUUGCCUUCCGAGUUGCAAGUAGAGUGAGCAGAGAACCAGUACCUCAGAGAACCAGUACCUCAGAGAACCAGUACCUCAGAGAACCAGUACCCCAGAGAACCAGUACCUCAGAGAACCAGUACCUCAGAGAACCAGUACCUCUGAGAACCAGUACCUCAGAGAACAGUAACUCAGAGAACCAGUACCCCAGAGAACAGUACCCAGAGAACCAGUACCCCAGAGAACCAGUACCCCAGAGAACCAGUUACCCAGAGAAACCCAGUACCUCAGAGAACCCAGUUACCCACCAGAGAACCAGUACCUCAGAGAACCAGUACCCCAGAGGAACCUCCCCAGAGAACCAGUACCCCAGAGAACCAGUACCCCAGAACCAGUUACCUCAGAGAAACCAGUACCUCAGAGAACCAGUACCCUCAGAGAACCAGUACCUCAGAGAACCAGUACCUCAGCGAACCAGUACCCAGAGAACCAGUACCCCAGAGAACCAGUACCCCAGAGAACCAGUACCCCAGAGAACCAGUACCUCAGACAACCAGUACCUCAGCGAACCAAGAACCAGAAGAACCAGUACCUCAGAGACCAGUACCUCAGAGAACCAGUACCCAGAGAACCAGUACCUCAGAAACCAGUACCCCAGCGAACCAGUACCUCAGUACCCCAGCGAACCAGUACCUCAGAGAAACCAGUACCCCCAGAGAAACCAGUACCCCAGCGAACCAGUACCCCCCACAGAACCAGAGUACCCUCAGAGAACCAGUACCUCAGAGAAACCAGUACCUCAGAGCAGCACGAGCAGCUCAUGGCACCGGGGCUCUUUUGGGUACCGUGAGCCCCCGGUUUCGGUCGAGUCCCCCUGGGAGAGAGAACCAGUACCUCAGAGAACCAGUACCUCAGAGAACCAGUACCUCAGCGAACCAGUACCCCCAGAGAACCAGUACCUCAGAGAACCAGUACCUCAGAGCAGCACGAGCAGCUCAUGGCACCGGGGCUCUUUUGGGUACCGUGAGCCCCCCGGUUCGGUCGAGUCCCCUGGGAGAGAGAACCAGUACCUCAGAGAACCAGUACCUCAGAGAACCAGUACCUCAGAGAACCAGAGAACCAGUACCUCAGAGAACCCACCUCAGAGAACCAGUUACCUCAGAGAACCAGUACCCCAUCGAACCAGUACCUCAAGAGCAGCUCAUGGCACCGGGGUUCUUUUGGGUACCGUGAGCCCCCCGGUUCGGUCGAGUCCCCUGGGUGAGAGAGAACCAUGCUGA